GGGACGCGGAGCUGCGCUCGAGGCGGCCUCGAGCCCAGUCGGGCGAGGAGCCGGCACCGCUCGCAGCCAUGACGGACAUCCUGUGCGAUUGGCUGAACAGAGAAGUGAAGCUCUCGCGGACAGUGAAAAUGGAGUCUUUUGCCAGUGAGUUUUCUUCAGGUUACCUCAUCGGAGAACUUCUCAACAAGUUUGAACUCCAGGAUGACUUUGCUCAGUUUUCACAAAGCAGGCUUGCCAGUGCGAAACUUAACAACUUUUCUCGCAUGGAGCCCACCCUUCAACUCCUGGGUGUGCAGUUUGACCAGAAUGUGGCCCGAAACAUCAUGACAGAGCAGCAUGGAGCUGCCACCAAACUGAUCUAUCAAUUGUAUGUGGCUCUAGAGAAAAAGAAAAAAGCAGGACUCACUGGAGUUGCCAUGGAUGCAAUGAGACCUUCAGCUCCCGCAAAGCUUAAGAGCGUGGGAACUGAAAUGUAUCGAGAGCGCCUUAAAUCUCUAGUGCCGCGUCAGGUAGACUUGACACUCCAGCAGAUUUCAGACAACUUUCACAGCAAAGCCAAGGACCUCGAAAGUAAGGUAGCUCGGAUGCAAUUUGUGGAGCAACAGCAAGCAAAGAAAAUUCAGGCGGAAAAAAUUGUUCAACAAUUUGAAAAUAAAAUGGUAGAAAAUCGAAGGCAGCAUGAAAUAAUGGCUAAAAUUCAUGCAGCAAUUAUCCAGAUUCCCAAACCAAUACUGCAACGCUCCGUCAAGGCAAUUGAAGACCAAAAGAUUAUGAGGAGGAGGAAGGAAGCAGAGAUGACCUAUGCAGAAAUUAAGAAGUUUGAAAAGCAGAUGAAGAAAGAGAGUGGCAUGCCUCCUGCCAGGCUCACUGAGAGCAUGGUGCAUUCGGUAAUGCAUACACAGGAACUGGAUACAACUCCAGCCAUCACUGACUUGUUGAACACCUACUCAGAUGACGAAUAUAUCAGGAAAAUUCAGAAACGUCUUGAGGAGGAUACCUUUGCCCGCGAACAACGGGAGAAAAGACGGCGGAAGAUGUUAAGGGAGCAGCUAAUAGCCCAUGAAGCACAAGAAGAGGCAUAUAGAGAAGAGCAGCUCAUCAACCGGCUAAUGAGACAAUCCCAGCAAGAGCGGAGGAUCGCUGUGCAACUGCUGCAUGUGCGGCAUGAGAAAGAAGUGAUGUGGCAGAACAGGAUUUACAGAGAAAAGCAGUUUGAGGAGAGACGGCUCAAAGAAUUCCAAGAAGCUCUUGACAGAGAGGAGGCUCUUGCAAAGCAAGAGAAAAUUGAGCAGGAGGAACAGGCCAUCAAAGAAAAACAGCUACAUGCAAUGCUUGCUGCCAAAAGAGCUGAAGAUCGCUAUAAGAAGCACUAUUUAAUUUGUUGGGAAAUGGUUGAGCAAAUCAUUGACUUAUCAACUAAAAUAGGAGAAUACCGAACGCUGACAAACAACUUAAUCCCAAUAAAGCUGAUGCGUGAUUGGAAAGAGCUAUUCUUAAAAGGAAAACCGAUUUAUGAGCAAGCUGAGAUUGAAAUGCCUUGGCCAGAUGAACCAACUCCAGGACAAUUAGUAGAACUGGACAAAAUGAAUUUACUAGAUGAAAAAGAUUAUGAUGAAUAUAAGAAAAUGAUUGAGGAGUGGUACCCACCUGAAGAUAUCAGAGCAAAUAAACCUCCACCGGGUAACCCAAUUCUGGGCUAUAUCAUUCAUAGACUGUUGGGACUCUAUUAUCCUCCGGAGCCAGAACCACCUCCACCUGUAUUGUCCCCAUUUCCUAUCAAGGGGUGCAUUUUGGGAAAACUCUUCAGUGGGAAAAGCACCUGCUUAAAGUUCUUGGAAGAAGUUUGCAAUAUCCAGGUGAUGUCAAUUGAUAAAUUGAUCACAGAGGCAAUCCAGGCUGCCAAUGAGAAUGAACCAGGAAAUGAACUUAUUCCGCUUCAAGAUGAUCCGGAAGUGCCUAGGAAUCAGAUUGAAGUCCUGAAGGCAGCUUCCAGGGCUUCAAUAUCAUUAGCAUAUGACUUACUGGAUGUGAAAGUUGAUGAGACACCUGAGGUCGAUAAAGAUAAAGAUAAAGAUAAAGAACCUGUGGGAAAAUCACCUUCCGUUCAAAUGAUUGAACAAGAGAAGAUGACUGAAGAAGAGAAGAUGAUUGAACAAGAGAAGAUGAUUGAACAAGAGAAGAUGAUUGAACAAGAGAUGAGUGAUAUUGAGGAUGACCUAUCCAAACUUUCGAUUCGCGCUCAGCUUGGUGCAGCAGCAGAGAGCUUAUUAAAGAAAGGAAAAAGCAUUCCAGAUGAAUUGCUAGUUGGCAUCAUGGUGGAGGCUAUUAGCCGACUGCCACCAGAAAGCGGCUGGAUCUUGGAUGGAUUUCCGAUGACACUGAAUCAGGCCAAACUGCUUGAAAAGGCACUGACAAACCGAGAUCCUGACCAGGCAGAAGGAAUGUCUAAAAACUUUAAACCUGUGUUGGUUCCAGAUCCAUCAGCUCUAAAAGAGCCACCUGUGCAUCCACCUGCUCUUGACUUUGCUAUGUUGCUUGAAGUUUCAGACAGCACUGUGCUGAACCGGGUGGCAUUUGUCAAGCCCGACUCCCAUCAAGGCAAGCUAGGAGAAGGUGAUCAAGUUUCAGAAGUUCAGUUCCAUGACGCAGAAAAAGAUGAUUCUGUAAGGAGCCAGAUGCAGCACAGAAUUAUAGGUUUCCAGGAGACGUGGCCCAAGCUAGAAAACUGGUAUUCUGAGCAGCAAAAUAUAUUGAUAAAGGUCAAUGCAGAAACAGAGGAGAAUCUUAUGUGUCAAAGGGUAAAAGAAAUUAUAACGGAAGAAAUUGUUAAAAUCCAAAACAGAAGAAUAGAAGAGGAAAAGAGAGAAGCUGAAAGACUGCAAGCGCUAGAAGCUGCCAAGGCUUUGCCACAAGAAGAGGUUCUGGCAGUCCCGGUAGAAAAGGUGGAGGAACUCACCCCUGCUCCCUCUCCAGAAGUGCUGGAGCCGCCACCUGCAGUAAAAGAGUCCCCCCCAGGAGAUUCACCUAAGAAGGGUAAAAAGGGGAAGAAAGAUAAAGGAGACAAAGGAAAAGAAGGUAAAUCAGGCACUCCACGAGGGAAAGACAAAGGGAAGAUUGCGCCACCUUCAGCUGAAGAUGUACCGCCUCCCCCUCCUGUAGAGCUACCUCGAAUUAAACCAGGAUCAGAUGAAUGGGUUUAUGUCGAUGAACCACUUCCUCAAGAAGUGCCUGAAUUUUUAGUUCCUUAUUGGGAAGCGGUGGAGAAAACCUAUAUGAAUAACAUCAAAGCCACACUUCGAUGCUUCAGAGGUGAACAGCAUGUCAUCAUUCAUUAUCUGUCACAUGCUAGAAAUCAUUUCAGGGAAUUCUUAACACGCCCCGACCACAAGCAGGAGUUUGUGACUCAGUGGCAAGCCGAUUAUAACUCAGUGGCUGAUGACCUGUGGGAAGACGAUGAAACGAAAGAAGAGCUGCAUCAAAGGGUUACUGACCUAAGAGAUCGUCUGUGGGAUAUCUGUGAAAACAGGAGGGAUGAAGCUGAGCAAGAGCGUAGUGAUAUCAUGAACGAUGGCUGGCUGCCAGAUCGAUUGGCACUUCUGAUGAACCACAUCUUUUCACUUAUGCAGAAUGAACUGGACCGUUUCCAGGAUACCAAGAGGCUUUUGCAUGACUAUUACAGAGGAAUGGAAGGCAAAAUCCCAACGGAGACCAGCAAUGAGUUUGCCAGAGUACCUUUGAUAGAUCUAACUGACAAAGAACAACCCAUGGAAGAGGGCAAGACUAGAAUAAUUCCUCUGAGUAUACACAGAGCUGCUUCUCCAGAACCAAAGGACAGGAUGAAAGCAAUUCCGGUCAAGAUGAAGGAUGAUGUCUUUUCUGAAAGUAUAAUCUUUAAUUUUGCCCCAGAAGAAAAACAGAUUACAGAGAUGUGGCAUAAUAUUGUAGCCACAAUAUCCAACAUGGUUACGGCUGAAAUACAAGCAAAAGAGGCAGAGGAAGAAAAAGAACGGCUUCAGCAAGAAAUGAAAGAAAAAGAGCGCCAAAAAUCUUCCCAAGCAGAAAAGAAGGGGAAAGAAGGGAAAGGGAAAAAAGGGAAAGGAGGAAAGGAAGCCAAAGGUGGAAAGGAUGCCAAAGGUGGAAAAGGAGGGAAAGAUGCCAAAGGAAAGGAAGGCAAAGAUGCCAAAGGGAAAAAAGGAAAAAAGAAAGGCAGUCAUUCUCCACCGGAGCCAACGCCAACGCCAAUUCCUUUAUCACCGGAGGAACUGAAGAAGCUAGAACUGAGGCUUAAAAUGAAUCAGGAAUAUUUUGCUGCGCUGGAGCAUGAAGCGGAGGCUGCAAAAUCUCGGCUUGAGCUGUUGAAAGCCAAAGCACUCGCUUUCACUGAAGAUCUGCAAACGAAAGCAGAAGAAACAUACAGGAAUAUGGAAAAAUGGCUUGGGGAGAGAUUCUUGGCUGAAAUGGCAAGUGUCGACAAAUUAACCGAGGUUGCACGCCACCACAUCGAAACCUCUACCAAGAUCCAGCAUGAAUUAGUUCUAGAAGGGGUAGAGUUUUACAUUAACGGUGAUGUCAAAGUCUUUCCAGAUCCUCUUCCUCCACCUCGCCCUCCAUCGGUAGAAAUGCCUUCAAAUGGUACUUUAACUAUUUCGCAGCUUAGCACGCUUCAUAAGCAGUUUCUGCAGGUGGCACCUAAAGCCAUAGCAGCACUGAAACAAUUUAAAAGCAAGAAUAUAACUCCAGGCAUCCAAAAACAACCAGGAAAGAAUCACCAGUUUCAACAAAUAUGGCUAUCAAAGUACCCUUGGCUAAAACACGACAGUGAGAGGGGUAUCAUGUACUGUGCUUUGUGUCGGAAACAUAAUGUGGAUUUAGGGGAGAAAACACACAAUUUUUGUUCUGGGACUGAUGACUUUGUACUUGAAUUAGUCAACGACCACCACAACAGUGAAGCUCAUGCAUGGGCUACCUGUAUGGAUGCAGCCAGUGGCUCUGUCCCAGACACAGCUACCACUGAGCAGAUGUUAAAGAGCAUGAGCAAAACAGCCUUAGGAAGAAUAGAAAACCUUUUCAGAACAUGCCACGCCAUUGCCAAAACUGGACGCUCCAUCACAGACCUGGACUGGAUGUGUAAGCUGGAUGACAUGAAAGGGGUGGAUAUUGGUUCCAUAUUUAGAAAUGACAAGGCAGCAAGGAUCUUUAUUCAUUUCAUUGCUGAAGUGGAACGAAGAGCCUUGAAAGAGAAAUUAGAAAAAUGCAAGUUUUUCUCACUCAUUAGUGAUGGCGUUACAGACAGCACAAUGAGAGAAGCUGCCCUGGUGUACGUACGUUUUGCACUCCAAGGGAAGAUCCAUUGCCAGAUUGUUGGAGUUCAGUCGGUAGACAAAUGUGAUGCAGCUGCUGUGAAGAAUGCCAUUGUGCAAACAUUACAGACCAGUUUGCAGCUCAAUUUGCCAAGCCAAGACUGGGCAAGAAAACUUGUUGGCUUUGGAAGUGGUGGUGGAGACAUUAUGGUUGGACAAAACAAUGGGGUAGCUAAACUAUUAAAAGAAAUACAGCCAUGUGUUCAGAGUGUGCAUUGCCUCGUGCAUCACCUUGAAAUAGCUUACAAGGCAGCACUGAAGAGCACCCAACUAUACACCAUUCUAACAGAGCUCUUGCAAAACAUGUACUACUAUUACAACUCUCUACUGAACAAGAACAACCUCAAGCUAGUCUAUGAAGAUCUCAACCUGAGAACAUCCAUUCCUUCUCAAAUUGGUGGCUCCCAAUGGCUUCUUCGCCUACAGACAGCUCUUCAGAUCCUUCUGAAAGGAUACCCAGCAUUUGUCCUACACAUGAGUAAGGUAGAAGAAGAACCAUGUUCCUCAAAUCACCAGAAAGCCAAAGACCUCUUAAAGCUUCUUCUGAAAACAGACAUUGUCAAGUUUUCUCACUUUUUGCUUGAUGUCAUUAAUGUCCUCAACAUCCUCUCCCGCGUCGCCCAUGAUCAGAACUCUUCCAUCGCAGAUGUGUUCGCAACAAGCCAGUCAACACUGGAAACACUCCAAAUGUACCAAGCAAGAUCAGGGCCAAGGGAGCGUCUGGUGGAAGCCAUCACACAUUUUCAUGGUCACCAGCUUGUAGGAGAUGGUGACAUAUCAGCCAUCCGGAUAGAAUUAAUAAGCAAUCUUUUGAAGCGGCUGCGCAAUUGCUUCUGUGAUGCUAGCGAAGAUGUUUUGAGAGCAAGUGCUAUUGGAAGUUUUAAGCUGUGGCCAGACAAAAUCGAGCCAGAAUUUGGUGAAGUGGAAGUGUCUGUCUUGACGAAGUAUUAUGAGCCGGUCCUGGAAUGUGCCAACGUGAAGGUUUAUGAAGUGGAGACCGAAUGGAACAUGUUAAAAGCAGAGCUGUAUAAUAGAUAUCAGAGCAUCCGGAGAUUGACAUGGGAAGCAGUGAACACAGAUUAUUCUCAUAAAUAUCCAAACAUCUUGACACUGGUAGACCUUGUCUUGACGCUACCUGCCGGUUCUGACGAGGCGGCAAGAGGCUUCUGUCAGAUGAAACUUACGAUGAUGAGGCUACGUUCAAAGCUGGUGUUUGAAAGUUUAAUACCAUGCAAAACAUUCAUUGACAUUGUUUAUGAUUUGAUUACUAUGAAUCUUGGCUCAAACUCGCUUCCUGAUCCUUGGCUACACCUCUCCAUUUAUGAUUUGCAGGGCCUGGCGGCAGCAUUAACAGUAGACUCGGACACUGUGGAUUGGCGUAUAUUCUUGCAAGCAGCUUCCCAGCCUUGGCCUCAGCCCUCAGUGACGGAGUUUCUCGAAACGCUGCAGAGAUUCCAGGAAGUGGAUGUGGAUGGAUCGGGCUUUGUCACAGAGGAAGAGUAUGAUCAGGUCGGUCUGUGGUUUAAAGGAAGUGAAGAUUUACCCAUUCCAGAAAGCCCUACAGAACCUUUUCCAUUUAACCGCCAGGAGCACCUUAUAAAAUUUUUCUUUACUUUAUUUGCUGAUCCUGAAAAAGACCCUCCUCAGCUAAACUACACAGAGAUGCUCCUUUAUUUUGCAUCCGAUCCUGAUUCUGUCAAUGGUAUCUAUCGGGCCCUCAGUGUCGCAACAGGGACACACAUUCACAGGAAAAAACAGGAACUCCCUCCUGUUCCCCCACGGUAUGUUCCUUCUGCUGAGCAGCUGAUAAGUGACGGACAGGAUGAGCAGGAAGAGGAGGAGGCUGCUGAGGAAAGUGAAGAGGAAGAAGAAGAGAAGGAAAAGGAAGAGGAAGCUGAGUCUUUCACCAAUGAAGGAAACAUUUCUCUGGAUACACUACUCAAAGUGUUUCAGCAUGAAACAAACAAAGCUGCUGACAACCACAGAUUUAGUGGUUAUCUGAAACCAGAGGAUACUUACGAGCAUUUCAUUAAGGUAUACAAGGAUCUUGGAUCCGAAGAUCUGAAGCCCAUCCCAGUGGCGCUUCUUUUGCAGCACCCCUUCAUUCAAGACUUGAUUAACAGCUACCAGCCGUACAAGCUUCACACAAUUUACGGGCCAACUGGAUUGCCCGCAUGGCCCAAGCUCGAUCUGGCAAGGUGGAGCAGAUGGAGCACACUGAUGGCUGUGCUCAAAGGGGGCAAAUUAUAGGAUUUACCCUCACAAGUAACAACUUCUAAAAUAUGAACUAACAAAGGAUUUUAAAUUGAUGCUGCAGACAGCGAACCAAGCACAUCCAAGUGAUGGAGAUACCCCUGUCAUCUCAAGUUAAAAUAUUAUGGGUUGGGGAGGCUUUCUAAUACAACAAAAGCAUUUCCAAAUACUUUCCUGAAUUUUGGGGGUUGAUCCUUGCUCCGUUGUGGAACUCUUCACUUCAGUUAGCAUAGUAAUGUUUUGUAUUCACUCUAUUUUAAAUAAAAGUUUAUUUCAGCAAUACAAUGCUAAUGUGAUCUUAAACGCUCAGGGCCAGAGCCAUUUCACAUGUUAUACAGUGAUAAAAACCCAGGUGUGCUCAUUUGGUGGGGGAGCUGUAAGGAAGCUUGGCUUCCUAAUGAGUCACUGGUAUCCAUAGGAGUAAUAAUUAUUGAUUUAUAUACCACUGGCUUGCCAUUCAAAGCUUAAAACCCAAUUAUAAAUAAAGCCACCCAAUGAAACCAUUUCAUCAAAACGUUAAAAUAAACAUUCACAUUUUUCAAAUUGUACAAUAAACAUGCAAGCUAAAACAGUAUAACAUUUAAAACAGUUGCCCAAAAAAGCAGUUAAAACAGGAGGCUCAAGGGAAUGCUUGUCUGAACGGCUGUGCCAGCACACUGCCAAUACCAUUGGGGCAGCAUUUCACAACACUGAUGCCACUAGUGAAAAAGCCCACCUCUGUCCUACCAAUUGGCAUCUGUCUGUCUCAGGAGACAAUGGAGGAGUGCGCCUUUGUAGGUGAGGUCAAGCUGUUGGAUGGUUGCAACACCUGUUGUGGUUGUGGAGUGCAGGAGAGACAUGUUUUGUUGCAGCUGGGGCAGAUGAAGGCAUCCUUGUGCUGCUGCAGAUGCGCCAUGGCGUUUCUU